AUGAUUUCGUUUCUGGUGACCUGGAAGGUUGUCGUCGUCGUGUGGCAGCUUGGUGUCGUGUUUGUGGACGUCUUCCCGACCUUCCUGAUCAUCUGGAACGUGUACCGCAGUCAGUGGUUCUGCCUUGGUGCGCCUCUCCUCGAGGAGUUCCCCAACAGUAGCGGCGACUUCAAUUGUACUUUGAUCGUCGUGGAAGUGUGUGACAAAGGCAGUGAGGCGACCGUCAUGGGCUUGAUGAUCACCAUUUUCGCUCUGGGGACGCCCUUCUCGACCGUGCUCUACAAGACGGUGGGCUGCUACUUCGACAUCGAGCGCAAGUACAUCGUCAAGGACGACCACCACGUGCGCUCUCAGGUGACGUACGCGUACCUCAUCGCCUACGCAUGCAGCCUCCUGUCCGUCCUCUUCGUCGUGUGGCUGUCUCGACAAAAGGUAAACGCCCGUGCACUCAACACAAGAGGGGCGCUCACCGUGUGCUACCUCGUCUUCGCCUUCUGCUGGAUGAUCAUGACCAACGCGUUGAGUCUCUCCGACUCCACUUCCUGUCUGCUUCCAGAGUCGUGA